AUGUCUAGCUUAGUGAAAUGUACGAAAUGUAAUAUAGUUAUAAACGAAGUGCUUUCUUUUGUGUGCAAUAAAAUAGAUGUUAUGGACGAGGACAGUAUUUGUAGAAUAUGUGUGAGUGCUUUUUCACCCAAUGAAAUUACGACAGCGAAAGAUCUGUUGUUUGAUUCUGUUGUUCCGAAGUCAAAAAAGAAAAUCCGUAAGAAAGAAGGUAAAACGCAAAGAGAGAUUGAGGACAUCAUAUGCUUGUUGAAGGAUACAGACCCAGAGUGUAUUCCUAUCUUCGUGGCCAGGGACUUGCAAAAACUACCCCCGGUUUCCUUCGAUCAUGUAGAUGUUACAAGUCUAUUGAAAGAUAUCGUAAAAAUUAAGUCAGAUAUCACACAGAUUAAGGAAAGUUAUGCAACGAGUGAAGAAAUAACGUUGAUAAAAUCGCAAAUAGAUGCUCUAAAAAAUGCGCCAAUAGUGAAUGAUCAUCAUAAAAAUGUCACCAUGAAACGUGGAGCCUGCUUAAUGAACAGUUACGUUUAUGAUAGUGGACCCAUGGGAUUACCGCCCAUGCCACUAAAUACAUUACCACAAAACGUUUCUACAGAUUUUGCACAGGGCGAGAGCUCAUCACCAAGAAUAUCCUCGCAGCCACCUAUAAAUAAUAUUGUUGAGGGUAUGUCGGGUGCGAGUAAGUUAAAACCUACCCGCACAUUUGAAGAGACAAUCAACGGUCGUUUACCCGAAGCGGUGAGUCACUCGCCUACCGAGGUACUAGUGAGCGGACACACGGCACUCGCGGCCGGUCGUAAAUCAAUGGCCGAUAUUGUCCGUAGCGGUGAAUGGAAAGAGUGUUCUCGUAGUGAAGAAUGGAAAGUGGUUCAAAAAAAGAAAUUGCGGAAUCGAUUUAUAGGGAAAACUGGGAAAGCUGAAACCGAAAUAAAUGAAAAAUUCAAAGCGGCAGAAAUCAGUGUACCAAUUUAUAUUUACAAUGUUUCAAAGGAGGUGGCCGUGUGUCACAUCCAAGAGUACAUUGAAAAGAAAUCAAAUGUUCAUGUUACCAUAGAAAAAAUGAACAUGAAAACGAGAAAAGAAUAUGAUUCCUACAAAAUUUUUGUACCAAAACACAAAUUAGAUUUGUUUUUGAGUGAUGAAUUUUGGCCGAUUGGAGUAUCGUAUCGGCAAUUCAUCAACUUCGGGCAUAUAAAACGGGUAUUACAUAAACCAAAUAAUGACGGAAAACAACCAAAGGAUAAUGCAUAG